ACAGUAGGGAGGGAAAGGGAGGUUAGCCUUAUAGCAGAGAUCUCUGCUUAUAGGUUAGGAGUUAAAGGGGUUAGAGGUCAGAAUUGAUCGUGUGGACGCGAAACCUGUGAAAAGUUUCAUGUUCAAGGCCUGUCAGAUAUUUGUGCGAAGUUUAACGAUGUCGGCUGCGAAAAUACCUGAAGUUGUGUUUGUAUUGGGUGGACCUGGUGCUGGAAAGGGAACACAAUGCAACAACAUUGUCCAAAAAUAUGGCUAUGUUCACCUGUCAGCUGGCGACCUUCUGCGGGAGGAACGCACCAAGCCAAAUUCCGAAUUCGGAGAAUUGAUAGAAAAUCAUAUUCUAAAUGGCACUAUUGUCCCAGUCGAAAUUACGUGCAGUCUUUUGGAUCGUGCGAUGCAAAAUUCGAAAAAUCCAAAUAAAAAGUUCAUGAUUGACGGUUUUCCGAGAAAUGAAGAUAAUCUGCAAGGUUGGACAAAGGCAAUGACCGGCAAAGCAGAGAUUAAAGGAGUUUUCUUCUUUGAUUGUAGUAAAGAAAAAUGCAUGGAGCGUUGUUUAAAUCGGGGUAAAAAAGGAAGUGGACGCAGUGAUGAUAACGAGGAUACUCUAAGAAAAAGAUUAGACAAUUAUGUAACGGACACUGUUCCAAUUAUCGAGCAUUACGAGAAUCUGGGUCUUGUUUACAAAUUCAACUCAAUGCAGAGUCCCAAAAAUGUGUUUCUAGAUGUCCAGGAAGCGAUUGAAAAAAUUGGCUGGUAGUGAUAGAAUGUAAUUCCAUUACAAUAUCUUUUUUUACACUGAAACUAUAUCGGUUGUGGUUUAAAUGCAUUUCCAACCUCUCUAAAUUAUUAAAAUAUUAAAACGAAAGUCUUGCUAUUCGUUAUAUUAUUUACCGCAGUGAAGCAUGCAAAGAAACCAAAACUGACUAUAGUUUUUAAUAUAAGGCAUUAUUCGUUUUAAAAUUGAGAGAAAGGACUUAGGUUCAGUCAGUUGAUUCACUUGGGUUUGUAGUCUUUCGACAUUCCUAGAAGAAACAUUCUUGAUGAAUAUUCGAUUAUAUAAUCGCUUUGUUCAUCCGCAGCUUUAGUAUUAUAAAAGAUGGAGUUAUAAAAACAUUAUCUAAUGAUAAAACAGCAAUUCAGGUAAUGUACAUUUAUCCAGAAUUUUUUCGGUUCUGCUAAAUGUGAAGAUUAAAUUUGCGAAGAAGAAAAAAAACAAGUGGACGCUUCUAAACAUUUUGAAAUAUUAUACAAGAUCCGGUAGAGUUUGAAUAUAAAGACUACGCCAUUUUGAAAUUUUAUUUGUGUCAGAGUAAAUAGCGUUUAUGAAAGUAUUAUUUUAGAGAGUUUAUCAGGAAAAAUAUACACGUUAUAUAUGA